ACACAAUCUCUUGGGCUACCUCAAACUUUAGGGGGUUAAUAAUUCUACUAUUAUAUAGUUCAGAGGGGUGAUAGGACCCUCACAAAGAUAAGGUGUGUAGUUAGAACUUUGAUCGGUACAGGGAAGUACUUAUGCUUUUUCCCAACAAAUAAAUAUAAAGUCGAAAUUUAUGUCAUUUUUGGCCAAGCCUAUUUGACUCCACUUUCAACUAUAUUUUGGGAUAAGACACUAUUAAUCCAGAACUAUCCUCGAAGUUGCUACAAAAUACCUUAUUUUUGCGGGGGUUGUAUUAUUCCCCUAAACUUUUUUCUAUAAUUCUUUGCAUCGUUAUGUUGAGAAGUGAUUCAAAAAUGUUUGACCAAGUCUUUAGGAUUUUAUUAGUUGGUUUCCUUUAUUUAAGUAAGUUUAGAUAUUCAUUAGCUUUAGUGGAUAAGUGGAUUAGUGGAGCUAGAUUUUAGUAUUUUCAGUUUCUUGGUAAGCCUAUUUAUAGGCAGUUAUUUUACAUUUCGUUGCAUCAGAAAUACAAGAAUUACAGUAGCUUUUCAUCUUUUUUGCUCUAUUUUUUGUUUACUUUCUCCUUAUAAUUCUUUUCUUAUCCAACAAAUCUGGUAUCGGAGCCCGGUUCUUUUCAAAAUUGGGUGAGUAUUUGAGUGAAACUAGAGAGAAAGUGUGAGAGCAAAAGAAAAAUGGUCGUGAAUGGUAUUUCAUCAUCUUCACAACCACUCAUUCCAAUUUUUACUGGUGAAAAGUAUGAGUUUUGGAGUAUCAAAAUGAAAACUCUUUUCAAAUCACAAGGAGUUUGGGAGCUGGUGGAAGUAGGGUUUGUGGAUCAAGCAAGCUCUAACAAAGAGGUGAAAAAAUUGAAAGAAAUCAAAAAGAAGGAUGCCAAAGCACUGUGUUUCAUUCAACAAGCAGUCCAUAACACAAUCUUUUCAAGAAUUGCAGCAGCAACUGCGUCUUCGCAGGCAUGGAAGAUUUUGGAGAAGGAAUUUCAAGGUUCAGCUAAAGUAAUUACAGUAAAAUUGCAGACUUACCGUUGUAAAUUUGUAACUCUUUUUUUGAAAAGUAAUGAAUCUGUUCAAACUUAUUUGUCUAGAGUUUCUUCUCUUGUUAAUCAAAUAAAGUCUUAUGGUGAAGACAUAUUUGAAGAAAUUGUUGUUGCAAAAGUUUUAAGGAGUCUUACUCCAAAGUUUGAACAUGUUGUUAUUGCGAUUGAGGAAUCUCAUGACUUAUCUGAUUAUUCUUUUGAUGAACUAAUGAGUUCUUUGCAAGCUCAUGAAGAAAGGCUCCUAAGGUUACAUGAAAAAAAUGAAGAAAAGGCAUUUCAGGUGAAGGGAGAGUCCGCCCAUCAGAAAGAUAAGUCAGAAAAUUUUUCUAAUCGUGGUCGUGGCAGGGGUGGUUUUCGAGAAGAGGUCGAGAUAGAGGAGGAUCAAAUGAAGAGAAGCAAAAUACGAUAUUUUUGUGCAAUUACUGCAGAAAGCUAGGUCAUAACGAAGCUUAUUGUUGGCAAAAGCAAAAGGAUGAAAAUAACCAAGCAAGUUUCGCAGAAAAAAAUGACGAUGAGAGUAAGUUGUUUAUGGCCUUUUAUUGUGAAAAAGAAAUUCUAACGAUGUUUGGAUUUUGGACAGUGGAUGUUCCAAUCAUAUGUUUGGAACAAGAUCAUUGUUCAAAGAACUUGAUGAGUCCAAAAAAUCAGACGUGAGGCUAGGAGACAACAAGAAGAUCCAAGUUGAAGGCAGAGGUACUGUUAGCACUAGAACCAGCCAAGGUAAUGCUAAAAUAUUAGAAGAUGUGAUAUUUGUUCCUAGUCUAUCUCAUAAUUUGCCUAGCAUUGGGCAGUUAAUGGUUAGCGGAUACUCGAUUUCUUUUGAUGAUGGUUUUUGCACUAUUAGAAGUAAGAAAUCUGGACAAACCAUUGCUACAGUUCCAAUGACUAACAACAAAAUAUUUCCUUUAGAAGUUUCAAUGGUCGAGAAAUGUGCUAUGGUUGCUAGUAGAGAUAAUGAUACUAGACUGUGGCAUUUGCGUUAUGGACAUUUAAAUGUUAAUGGACUGAAGUUAUUGAGCCAAAAGGAAAUGGUUUUUGGAUUGCCAAAAGUUCAGAAUCUUGAUUUUUGUGAAAGUUGUGUUUAUGGAAAACAAAGUAAAAAUAUUUUUCAUAUAGCAAGUCUUGGAGAGCUUCUAUUUGUCUCGAGUUAGUACAUGUUGACUUGUGCAGUCCUAUGAGUAUUAAGUCCUUAGGGGGGAAGUCGAUACUUUUUGCUUUUUAUUGAUGAUUAUAGUCGUAUGAGUUGGAUAUAUUUCUUGAAAUUUAAAUCUGAAACUUUUGAGAAUUUCAAGAAAUUUAAAUCUUUUGUUGAGAAGCAAAGUGGAUGUAGAAUAAAAUCUCUUCGGACGGAUAGAGGUGGUGAGUUUAUGUCAAAUGAAUUCAGUUCCUUCUAUGAGGAAAAUGGAAUACAUAGAGAACUCACAUCACCUUAUACACCAGAGCAAAAUGGUGUAAUCGAAUGUAAGAAAUGCACAAUUGUCGAGAUGGGCAGAAGCAUGAUGCAAGCUAGAGGUGUUUCAAAGUCCUUUUGGGCUGAAGUCGUUGCCACUACUAUCUAUGUGCUGAAUAUUUCACCCACCAAGGCAGUUCUUAAUCGAACACCAUAUGAAGUAUGGAGAGGUAACAAGCCCAAGGUAAGCCACUUACGUAUCUUUGGAUGUGUAGCUUAUGCUUUGGUGAAUUCACAGGCUCGAGCAAGCUUGAUGAAAAAUCUGAAAAAUAUGUCAUUGUUGGUUAUAGCACACAAUCUAAAGCUUAUAAGCUAUAUAAUCCAGUGAGUGAAAAAAAUUAUAGUCAGUAGAAAUGUUGUGUUUAAUGAGGAUGCAAGCUGGAACUUUAAUUCUGGAAAUGAAAGUUCAAAUAUUCAAUUGAUGCCUACUAAUGAUGUUGUUGAUCAAGAGCAUGUAGCAGAUCCUUCUUCAUCAUAUCCAUCAAUUGUCUCAUCAAUGGAACCAUCAACUUCUCCAACAUUGGAAGAACCUUCAGCUGAGCCAAUUCCAUUAAGAAGAUCAACAAGGGAUAGAAAACCAAAUCCCAAAUAUGUUGACAGUACAUCAUGUACUUUUGCUUUGCUUGUUUCAGAUCCUAUUUGCUUUGAAGAUGCUGAAAAAGAGGAUAAAUGGUGCAAAGCUAUGGAAGAGGAGUUGUUAGCUAUUCAAGAAAAUCAGACCUGGGACUUGGUUAAUUUUCCAGAAGGAAAGAAAGCUAUUGGUCUCAAAUGGGUGUUUAACUAAGUAUCAUGCAGAUGGAAGCAUUCAAAAGCACAAGACAAGGCUUGUCGCAAAGGGCUAUUCCCAACAACAAGGAAACAUUGAUGAUAGAAAGAGCACGUCUGGUUUCUUGUUUAAUCUCGGAUCUGGAGCAAUUUCAUGGAGUUCAAAGAAGCAGGAAGUGGUGGCAUUAUCAACUUCAGAGGCUGAAUAUAUUGCAGCAACUUUGGCAGCUUGUCAAGCAGUUUGGUUAAGGAGACUUGUUGCAGAUUGCGAUCAAAAACAAGCUGAUGCAACUGAAAUAUUCUGUGACAACAGGUCUGCUAUUGCGAUGUCGAAAAAGCCAGCAUUUCAUAGCAGAACAAAGCACAUCGAUAUUCGCUAUCACUAUAUUCGGAGUCUUGUUUCUACUGGAGUACUUUAAAGACUUGUGGUACGAAUGAGCAAGCGGCAGACAUCUUCACAAAGUCACUUCCGCAAGCAAAGCACGAGUUCUUCAGAGGUCAACUUGGAGUUUGCACUUUUGAAUCAAGGGAGAGUGUUGAGAAGUGAUUCAAAAAUGUUUGACCAAGUCUUUAGGAGUUUGUUAGUUGGUUUCCUUUAUUUAAGCAAGUUUAGAUAUUGAUUAGCUUUAGUGGGUAAGUGGAUUAGUGGAGCUAGAUUUUAGUAUUUUCAGUUUCUCUGCAAGCCUAUUUAUAGGCAGUUCUUUUACACUUCGUUGCAUCAGAAAUACAAGAAUUACAGUAGUUUUUCA